AUGAAAUAUUAUAGAACAUUGUUUUAUCCAAUAUGUGUAUAUAUAAACCAAACCACAGAGAACUUCCACAGAGUAAAAGCUUCUUGUAAGGCAAAAGAGCCUUGAAAUGAUGGUUCCUUCUUUGACAUACUACACCGCUGUCUAUGUUCUCUUGUGUGCUUUCGCUUCGGCUUCUCCGACUGCAACCGAGACGCAUCCACGUCUCUUCAAUAAGAUCUAUGCCUUUGGAGACUCAUUCACAGACACUGGCAAUACAAGGUCUAUGUCAGGGCCAACUGGAUUCGGCCAUGUCUCUAGUCCUCCUUAUGGUAGUACCUUCUUUCACCACCCGACCAACCGAUACUCGGAUGGACGACUAGUGAUUGACUUUGUAGCUGAGACGCUGUCCUUACCUUUCUUGCCACCUUACAAAUAUUUGAAGGGCAAUGACUCCUUUCAUGGAGUUAACUUUGCUGUUGCAGGGUCCACAGCUAUAAACCAUGAUUUCUUUGUCAGAAACAACCUUAGCCUCGACAUUACUCCUCAAUCUAUCCAAACUCAGCUCCUUUGGUUCAACGAGUUCUUGGAGACUCAAGGAUGUAGAGGAGCAGAGACAGAGAAACAGUGUAAAGCUGCACUUGAUGAUGCUUUGUUUUGGGUUGGUGAAAUUGGAGUCAAUGAUUAUGCUUACGAUAUUGGAUCUCCCAUCCCUGAUGAUACCAUCCGAAAGCUCGGUGUGGCCAGCGUUACUGGAUUUCUACAGUCUCUGUUGAAGAAGGGUGCAAAGUAUGUGGUUGUUCAAGGUUUACCACCAAGUGGAUGUCUGGCAUUAGCAAUGUCUCUGGCUCCUGUUACUGACAGGGACGAUAUCGGCUGCGUGAGGAGUGUAAGCAACCAAACCUAUGUUCAUAAUGUAGCUCUCCAGGCCUCAUUGCAAUCUUUAAGGGGGCAGUUUCCUCAAGCUGUCAUCAUAUAUGCUGAUUACUGGAAUGCAUAUCGAACAGUUAUUAAAAAUCCCAGCAAUUACGGUUUCAAGGAGCGCUUCAAAGCCUGCUGCGGUGUUGGUGAACCCUACAACUUUGAUGUGUUUACUGUCUGUGGAAUGUCUUCUGUCAGUUCCUGCAAAAACCCAUCUGAAUACAUCAAUUGGGAUGGAGUUCACCUCACCGAAGCAAUGUAUAAAAUAGUGCAUGACAUGUUUAUUGAAGGUGGACUUACCCGUCCUCCUUUCAGUUACCUGUUGGACAUGAAACGUCGUCUGGGAUAAGCUGUUGACAGUGAAUCAGCUUGAUGGUUUUUGUUAGUGUUUAUCUUUGAGAUCUUUAAACUUUAGCUAUGGAAGUAACCUGAGCAGUAACAUUGUAUAAGCCUUCCUAUUCAUUUGAAUGUCUUCUGAUUCUGAGGUCCAUUCCUUCAAAACUAGAAAUGAGUUACUACUUGCAGAAAAGAGUAAAAAUAAGGUUCAAAACUUGUGACAUGAACCAUUUUUUAAA